UAUCCACCGGCACAUGCUUCUCAGUGGUGUGUGUUUUAGUUGUUGGGUUUAUUAUUCGGGAGAUUUCUGAAUGAAAUUUUAGCUAAGUCUGAGAAAAGUUGACCUCCGGAAAAAUGUUAAAGUCCAAAACGUUCGUGAAAAAGACCCGCUCCGGAGGGGUAAUGAAGAUAGUCCGGGAGCACUACCUGAGAGAUGACAUUUGGUGUGGAAGUGGAUUUUGCGUGGAGUGCAAACAGGAGUCCUCAGUGCUGCCGACAGAUGCGUGCAUUGAAAGCAACCUGUGUUCAUUCCCUCACUACCUUAUUCCUGACACAAACGUUGUGUUACAUCAGAUCGAUAUCCUGGAAGAUCCCCUGAUCAGGAACGUAAUCAUUCUUCAGACGGUGCUUCAGGAAGUCAGGCACCGGAGCGCUCCAAUCUACAAACGGAUUAAGGAUAUCAUUCAUGAUGCCGAGAAGCAUUUUUAUACUUUCACCAACGAACACCACAGGGAAACAUUUAUUGAGCGGUUGCAAGCGGAAAGCGCCAAUGAUCGAAAUGACAGAGCGAUUCGUGUGGCAGCCAAGUGGUACAGCGAGCACCUGAAAAAUGCCCCAGCGGCGGAAGAACUGAGGAUCGUUUUGCUGACGAACGACCGCGGGAAUAAGGAGAAAGCCGAAGAGAGCGGCAUACUGGCGUACAAAUGUGACGAAUACGUCAAGAGCUUGAUCGCAAAUCCUGAGCUGGUGGAUCGCCUCGCUUUGACGCCCGAUGACAGCAGCGAAAUCACCAGCAGCAAGUUUCUGUUCCCGGAGCACCUGCCUCUGUCCAAGAUCCAGGCCGGGAUUAAGAACAACACUUUCCUGCAGGGAACGUUCCGGGCUAGCAGGGAUAAUUACCUGGAGGCCACCGUGUUCGUCCACGGAGAGGGAGACGAAAGCAAGGAGGUUCUGAUCCAGGGCCUGCAGAACCUGAACCGGGCCGUGUACCAGGACGUGGUGGCGGUGGAGCUGCUGCCCCGGAACCAGUGGGUGGCGCCGUCCUCCGUGGUUCUGCAGGAUGAGGGUCCGAAAGACGAGGACGAGGCAGACGAGUCCGAGAACAUGCUCAAGAGUGACACCAAUGAAGCCCUGCUGAGGCCCACGGGGAAGGUGGUGGGGAUCAUAAAGAGGAACUGGCGGCCAUUUUGUGGGAUGCUGGUGAAAUCACAGAUCAAAGAGGCUACGAGACACCUGUUCACCCCGGCUGACCGCAGAAUUCCCAGAAUCCGUGUGGAGACCCGACAGGCUGCUGCCCUUGUUGGGCAGAGGAUCAUGGUCGCCAUUGAUGGCUGGCCCAAGCAUUCCCGAUACCCCAACGGCCAUUUUGUUCGGAAUCUGGGGAGCGCCGGAGACAAGGAGACGGAGACGGAGGUGCUCCUGCUGGAACACGACGUUCCGCACCAGGCCUUCUCCCAGGCCGUGCUCAGCUUCCUACCCAAAAUGCCCUGGGGCAUCACGGAGGAGGAUAUGAAGAAACGUCAGGAUCUGAGACAUCUGAGCGUGUGCAGUGUGGAUCCUCCCGGGUGUACGGAUAUCGAUGAUGCGCUACACUGCCGGGACCUGGAAAACGGGAAUCUGGAGAUCGGGGUCCACAUAGCGGAUGUCAGCCAUUUUAUCCGGCCUGGAAAUGCUCUUGACCAAGAGGCAGCCAGCAGGGGCACAACCGUGUACCUGUGCGAAAAGAGGAUCGACAUGGUGCCCGAGUUGCUCAGCUCCAACCUGUGUUCUUUGCGCUCGAACGUUGAACGGUUUGCGUUUUCCUGCAUAUGGGAAAUGAACCAGGACGCUGAAAUUAUCAGCACUCGUUUCACCAAGAGCGUGAUAAACUCCAAGGCCUCGCUAACGUACGCAGAGGCCCAGAUGAGAAUCGACGAUGCCGGCAUGAACGAUGACAUCACCAAGAGCCUGCGUGGGCUGAACAAGCUCGCUAAGAUCCUGAAGAGGAAGAGGAUUGGGAAGGGGGCUUUGACCCUUUCCUCUCCAGAGGUGCGAUUCCACAUCGACAGUGAGACUCACGACCCCAUCGACCUGCAGACCAAGGAGCUGAUGGAAACCAACUCCAUGGUUGAAGAAUUCAUGUUGCUCGCAAAUAUCUCUGUAGCGCAGAAGAUCUACGACGAGUUUUCAGAGUGUGCUCUUCUCCGAAAACACCCUGCCCCACCACCGUCCAACUACGACAUUCUGAUAAAGGCGGCCAAAUCUAAGGAUCUGGAUAUCUGCACGGAUACGGCGAAGGCCCUGGCAGACUCCCUGGACGUGGCGCGGGUGGAGGGGUUCUCCUACUUCAACACGCUGCUGCGGAUCCUGGCCACACGCUGCAUGAUGCAGGCCGUGUACUUCUGCUCCGGCAUGGACAGCGACUUCCACCACUACGGCCUGGCCUCGCCCAUCUACACACACUUCACCUCUCCUAUCAGGAGGUACUCUGACAUCAUAGUGCACCGGCUCCUGGCGGUGGCCAUCGGAGCAGACUGCACGUACCCGGACCUGAUGGACAAACACAAGCAGUCUGCGCUGUGCAACAACCUCAACUACCGGCACAAAAUGGCGCAGUACGCCCAGAGGGCUUCAGUGGCCUUCCACACACAGCUGUUUUUCAAGAACAGAGGCAUUCUGAAUGAAGACGGGUUCAUCCUCUUCGUGAGGAAGAAUGCCAUCAUCAUCCUCAUCCCGAAGUUUGGGCUGGAGGGCACGGUGUUCUUCGAGAACAAAGACCAGAAGCCCAGCCCAAAGCUCACCUUCAACGAAGAGGGCCCUACCCUCGCAGUGGAACAGCACACCUUCAGCAUGUUCGACAAAGUGAAAGUGACCAUCAGCUUGGACGCCUCCAACAUCCAACACCAGAAAAUAAGAAUGGCCCUCAUCGAGCCUGUGAUCCCUGGGGUCAGUGUGCCCGCACCAGAGGCGGGACCAGAAGCCAAGAAGGCCAGGCUGGACCGCUGAUUGGCCCUGACAGAGCCCAAUGUAAAUGUCCAUCAUUAACAUUCUUUUAUACACAUUUUACCUUUGUUUUGUUUUCUUCUGCUCUGCCCGUUCUCUUCCUCCCUCUGUGAGGCUGUCCUGACUGCUGCCUCAUUACUGCGAGAACGAGCUGUCUGCAAUGGGCCCUUCCAAAAACCCUCACAAUCUUUAAACAUUGCUGAAUUGGUAUUCAAUCCAUAUUUUGGCCAUACAAGCAUUUUAUGAUACUGAUGUCUUGCAUAAAUAACAUACGUCUAGCAAUUAAAAAAAAUGUAGAUAUCAUUUUAAUCUGAGAUGGGUGUAGUAUGAUUAUGUACAGUUGACACGUAGACUUGUGUUAUCUUGAUGUCACAGUCAGUGACAGUAUGGUUUCAGUGUUAAAAUCAUUCAUAUUCAAAUUAGUUGGGGCCGGCACGGAUGGUGCAGUGGGUAGCACUGCUGCCCCACAGCAAGGAGGUCCUGGGUUCGAAUCCCCGUCGGACGGGGCCUCUCUGUGCGGAGUUUGCAUGUUCUCCCUGUGUUUGCCUGGGUUUCCUCUGGGUACUCCGGUUUCCUCCCACAGUCCAAAGACAUGCAGGUUAGGCUGAUUGGAGAGUCUAAAUUGGCCGUAGGUAUGAGUGUGUGAGUGACGGUAUGAGUGUGUGAGUGAGUGUGCCCUGCGACGGACUGGCGACCUGUCCAGGGUGUAUUCCUGCCUUUCGCCCAAUGUAUGCUGGGAUAGGCUCCAGCCCCCCUGCGACCCUGUUCAGGAUAAGCGGGUUAGGAUAUUGAAUGAAUGAAGUUUUAGUUGGAUGAAUUAUGGAACAUGGACUUUUUAUGCCAUGGGUGCACAACCAGAGCUGAUCCAUUUAAGGAUUUUGUGCCAAAUUCUGCUCUUAAUUAUGUGAUGCGCUCAAUCAUAUCUGGUCAUAUCAUGUCAUCGACAUUGGAAUAGGCACCAGCUACUGCCACAGACUGCAAGUGUGUCCGAGAUUUCACUGAGCUACAGGAGUGAUCCAGCAGAGUUUAUAGAGCCGUCAGAACUAAAACUACUGGUUGGAACAAAAACCAGCGCACAGACCCUGUUCUGAAUUACGUGAGACAUGACACCAUAAAACACCCUGACCAGAUGUUCAGUGUUUUACCAUCAAGACAAUUAAACGGCUAAGCAAUAGGGAUGCAGUGGAGGGUCUGUUUCUUUAAAUAAACCAGAGAGCAGGAAUUGUGUUCUGAUUUUUUUUGUUUGUCCCUGAGGUGAAUGGUGUUGUAGCACGUGUGUGUGUGCGUGUGCGUGUGCGUGUGCGUGUGCGUGUGCGUGUGCGUGUGCGUGUGCGCUACCCCAAUCAAUGCAGAAAGGGAGCCUGACAGUCUGCAGCAGUAUGGACAGAUAAUUACAAUAUUCAUUCUACAAAUGUGUACACUGAACAGACUUCAUGGGUUGACAUUGUGUGCGAUGUAUAUCUGUAACAUAUAGAUAUACAUUACUGAAAAUAGACAGUAACUACAUCAGAGCUAAACAACACCAUAAGCGUAACAUAGCACAUUGCUUAUGUCAAUAAACUCAAAUGGGUGUGUGUCAACAUUAAUGCGGCAAGCGACGUUACCACGACGUACCAAGUGAACUGACUCAAGAUCCUUAUGUCCGUUAUUGACAUAAGCGCUUAUGGAGUACUUAUGAAGGCGUUGUGUAGCUCCGAUGUAGGAGCCUUCAAAUAAAGGGUCACUAAAUAUAAAAUAUGGAUUUGUUGGAUGUGUGUUUUUGAACUUGUUUUUAUUAAAUAUGUGACAAUGUACACAUCGCUAAAAGCAAUCUGUUCACAGAAAAAUAAUGUCACAAGAACCAAAAUAAAAACCAUUUAUUCUGAA